AUGAGCAACGUUUCUCUGGCAAACUGUGUUUUUGGCGGUCUCUGGACACCGAAUAUUAACUGUAAACUAUGGUCUGGGUCAACACUUAAUUUUCCCUCGAGUUUUCCUCCACUUUAUUUUAAAAAACACGAAACUAUAAACAAAAUCGACAGUUUGGCCGACUUUCAAUUCUGCAAAAGAUUGGAGGAACUCUACAUAAGACAGAACGAUAUCAGAAACCUCAACGAGGUUGUAUACCUGCAAAAUUUGCCUAAUUUAAAGAAUCUGUGGUUAGGAGAAAACCCCUGUUCUAAUAUCGAAGGGUACCGAUUGGCAGUGAUCAAAGCUUUACCACAACUACAAAAAUUAGAUAAUGUUGCCGUUACUCAGGAGGAAAUAAGAGAAUCUCAGAAAUACGGAAGAUCGCUCUGCCAUCCUGACGAUGUUGAAUCAGACGAGGAAUAUGCCUCCCAGCAACAGUGCAGUCAAAUCAACAGCACGUAUCGGGAUUAUUCUGAGCUUGAGUACAGUCCUGUUCAAAGAAGCCCGCCUAGACAAGAGACUGAAUAUGAAAUAGAAGAAAGUGAAGAUCCAUAUCCAAGGGAGGAGAUAUCAGAAGAAAGUAGAGAAUAUUCACCCCCACAGCCGGUAAGGUUAUUUAAUAGUCAUUAUUUUUCGCAAUCUUUAUAA